GACGUAGCGUGCACACAAGGUCGUCCUAGCAGCUGAAGAUGAUGUCGCUAGCUGCCCGGUCUGGGGCAUUUUCCCCUUACAUGCAGGCUACAGCUUUCACUGUGGCAGGGCCCCUGAAGGCUCUGAUACCUGGGGUUGUAGUCAAAGGAGAGAAAAUGCUGAUUAACCCGAAGAAACCGUUCCUGUGCCGCGAAUCUCUCAACGGUCAAAGCCCAAAGACGGGGCCUGCUGUAACAGUUAGCAUCAACGGCCCUGCUGGGCUCAGAUUUGCCCACACAGACAUCAGGGUACCAGACUUCUCUGACUACCGGCGUCCAGAGGUGCUCGACCCCAACAAGCCAUCCCAGGAUAGCAGUGAAUCCAGGAGAACCUUCUCCUACCUGAUGACCGGGGCCACGGCUGUGGUGAGCGUGUACGCCGCCAAGACGGUGGUCACACAGUUCGUUUCCUCCAUGAGCGCCUCCGCUGAUGUCUUGGCUUUGUCCAAGAUAGAAAUCAAGCUGGGUGACAUCCCAGAAGGCAAGAACAUGACCUUCAAGUGGCGAGGUAAACCACUGUUUGUACGUCAUCGCACCGAAAAGGAGAUUGCCACAGAGGCCGCCGUCAACCUGGCAGAGCUCCGAGACCCCGAGCACGACAAGGACCGGGCCGUCAAGCCCAGCUGGAUCAUCGUCCUCGGAGUGUGUACGCAUCUGGGCUGUGUGCCCAUCGCUAACGCCGGCGACUUCGGAGGCUACUACUGUCCCUGUCACGGCUCGCACUACGAUGCCUCGGGCCGCAUCAGGAAAGGCCCCGCCCCCCUCAACCUGGAGGUCCCCUACUAUGAGUUUCCAGACGAUGACACAGUGAUAGUGGGGUAAACGGCGUUCACCAGACAGAGAUGGCUAUAAACAUCCACGUGUACGUAUAAAUUUAAGCUUCACCUGGUCUGCCAGCGUUGCUCUCUACUUCCUGUCAGUCACAUGACAACAGCAGCUGCCAUCUGGUUUACCCGACUUUUACAGUUAACAUUUGAAUAGCACCGCCAUCCUCUGUUCUUGUCUCGUUGAUAUGAUGUGAAUAUGAAACAAAAACACCUGCUUAUCUUAACUUAUCAUCCAUCUGAUUAUCAAAGAUCAAAUGUCGUGUUCAGGAGUGUGUCAAUAAAGAUUUCUAUUUUAUUUGAAA